UGCCCUCUAGGUCGUGCAGCAAUCACCCUACAAUUGACACAGUUUUUGAAAGGCUACAUCAGCAGACAGAUAAUCAGUGAGAUAAAGAAGAGGAUCUUCCAUGCCAGGGAGGUGGCGAGAGGGGGUUGUAGUGAGAGGGGAAGGGCUGUGCAUAAAUAGAGGCCAGUAGGGCAUUCGCAGUCCCACAGUGUCCCAGUGCUUUAUCACAGCCCGACAAGCCUGCAGCCAUGGCGUUUAAUGGAACCUGGAAGGUCGACCGCAAUGAGAACUAUGACAAGUUCAUGGAGCAAAUGGGUGUCAAUGUUGUGAAACGUAAACUGGCCGAGCACGACAACCUGAAGAUCACCAUUGAGCAGACUGGAGACAAGUUUCACAUCAAAGAGUCCAGCACUUUCCGAACCAAGGAGAUCGACUUCACCCUGAGCGUCCCAUUUGACUACACCCUGGCUGAUGGCACUGAAGUCUCGGGUACAUGGGAGAUGGAGGGAGAGGCGAUGAAAGGCAAAUUCACCAGAAAAGACAACAACAAAGUCCUGACCACCACAAGAGCUCUGGUGGGAGGGGAGCUUGUGCAGUGCUACAACUACGAAGGGGUGGAUGCAAAGAGGACUUUCAAGAAGCAGUAAUCUGGAUGUUGGAGUUCAUAUUUUUAUUUUUAUAUAAAUGACACAAUAUCUUUUCUAACAAUAGUACAAGGCUAAAUUAAGACUUCAAUGUAAAGAUUUUCUAUGACACAUACCUCAAAAUGUCUUACUUUUUGUAAAGUUUUGAAGGAAAGUCAUCGUCACCGUGCUGCACUGCUGCUACAUCUGGGACACAAUGUGGAAGAAAAUGUUGCUCCUAUAUUAAAAGGCCAUGAGCUGGUCAGUUAUGGUAAAUUCUUAUGCAUUAAAUGAAACAUGAGCUCUAAGAAUCACCUGUUUUCCUCAGACGGGGUCAGACAGGUCAGCUGAAGUUAACCAAACUGUGAAUUGCAGUUGUUAUGUACCCAAGUGAGCUCAUAAUGGAUUAUAUGAGGCUGAGUAGACAGCACAACAGGCCAUCACUAAUAUUACACAAUUAGUGUCUAAAGAGUUGGGGGGGUGGGGGGGGAAUAAUAAAAUUGCACUAAUGUUUCUAUUAAAGCAACUUGUGUCACUGA